AUGCCAAUAUCCAUGAUUGUCAUGCAAUCAGAAAAUGAAACGAAUAAACAAGCAUCACGAUCUGCAUCACCAGUUCCAUCUGCAGUCAUAGCUACGAAUGAAUCAAGUUUAUAUGAUAACUAUAGUACGAGUUUACCUAAAAUAUCAUCAACUGAAUCAUCUUCAACUGAUAAUAAGAAGCCACUCAUACAACAAAAGUCAUUCCCUCACUUACCAGCAAUGGCUAAAAAGAAAAAUAACAGUAAAGGAAAAUUAAAUCAUCAUCAAGAAGAGAAUACACAUUUUUCAAUACCCGCCACUACUACUACUACUAUUCAAUUUGCUAACGAAAAGAGAAAUCAAGAAUUUCACAACUUAUUUGCAAGUGUUCCCAAUGAUGAAAAAUUAAUUAAUAUCUAUGGAUGUGCACUUCAAAAAGAAAUUCUACUUCAAGGCCGACUUUUUAUUUCAAAACAUCAUAUCUGCUUUAAUUCGAAUAUUUUUGGCUGGAUCACGAAUUUGGUAAUAGCAUUUGUUGAUAUUGAACAUGUUGAAAAGAAAACUACUGCAAAAAUUAUUCCCAAUGCAAUUUCAAUCUUGACCUAUGCCUCCUCUAAAUACCUUUUUACUUCAUUUCUUUCACGUGAUCAAGCUUACGAUCAAAUGGUUGAAUGUUGGAAGGCUCUACCUGAACCAAUUGAUAUUGUAUUUGAAAAUAAAUAUGAUGAUUUAACAACAUUUUCAGAAGAUAGCGAUUCUUCUUCAAGCGACUAUAGUACAUACUCUUCUUCUUCAUCUUAUAAUAAUGAUAAGAAUUAUUGUCGUCUUCAACAACAACAAAUAUCAUUGCCUACUUUGGCUCUUAAUCGAUUGAUAGAUACUAGGAUAUCUUAUGGGCGUAGAAGGGCUAUUUCAGAAACAGGCUCACUUUCGAGUAUUGAAGGACAACAACAACAACAUGUAUAUCCUAUUAUUCAUAAUGACGAACAUUCCUCAACUCAUGAUACCUCUACUAAAACAACAAGAGUAGAUUCAACAAGUCAAGUGAAUGAAAAAACAGACUGUAAAUGUAAUAAUAAUCAGCAUUUCCCUACUGUCAUUAUGAGCAAUGUAUAUAAGGAUACUACAAUUGAAACCAUCUAUCAUGUAUUGUUUCAUAGUAAGUUUAUGGAGACAUUUUUAAGUCAAGUUGAGAAGAGUACGGAUAUUUGUCUGGGUGAAUGGGUAAAGGAAAUGACUUGCGUUUAUACACGCGAAUCCUCUUAUGUAAAACACUUGAAUUAUGCCUUGGGUCCAAAGUUUACUAAAUGUCUAUUAAAAGAAGAAAUUCAUCAUUUGGAUUUGGCCAAUUCGGUUACUCACUUAACCGUCACUCAAACUCCUGAUGUACCCUUUGGUGGUUCCUUUCAGGUGAAAACACGAACUUGUCUUUCCUGGGCUGGCUUGGGUCAAGUACGUCUGUUGGUCACUGUACUUGUUGAUUUCACAAAGACAUCAUGGCUAAAAUCAACAAUUGAAAAGGCCUCGAUUGAUGGUCAACUUUCCUUUUACAAAAAUUUGGAUAUUGAAUUGAGAAAACACUUGGAAUACCAUCAUGUUAAAGGAGUCAACCCGAUUGUUGUAAAGAAGAGAGGCAAAAGAAGAGAUCAUCGUUUCAAGAGAAACAACGAACAAACUGCGAUGAUGAUGAUGGAUCAAGAUACCCCUUCUUUUACUCUUAGGGAUGGGUCAAGUGACAUAAAUGUACCACAUUGGACUCUACUACUCUGUAUGUCCUUCAUGAUCUUAACUAACGUGUAUAUGGCAAUUAAAAUGUCUGGUAUCCAUACACAGUUGGAUUCUUUAGUAGGCCAUAAACAUACCACCAUGGACCCAUACUACCCUACUGUCGAUUCUUCUCUUACAAAGAGUCCUCUUUGGGAUCUAUUCGAGCAAAUAAACUCGAAGACUGCCUAUUCUCGAAAUAAGCAAGAUAUCACCAUUUUAGAUCAUCCUCUCGAAUUAUCAAAGCGGAAAUUAGACAAAAAAUUAGCAGAAUUAGAAAAAAUGAUUGAAAGAACAAAACAAGAUAUAAGGCAAGUAACUGAAACUGUUCUCCAGCAAAAAGAUAAAAAAAAAAACAGUAAUUGAUG